AUGCUUCAUAGCUACUGCCACUCAUCCGGGAGCUUGGGUAAAGCUCCAUCACUGUCUUCCAUCACACAUAACUCUAAUCCUAAAAGCUUUGAAGAUGGCAUCUUCUUGCCCAGCAGUUGUCACAGCAGAACCUGGCUCCUGGACAACUUUCAAGAAACCCACAGUGAAACUUCUCCCUGCCAGCUGACCAACCGUGGACAGCUCCAAUGCAAAGUGGACCCCUCUGUGAAAAGUCCUGGGAACUCCAGAGCUGACCAAACAAUUCGUUCUAACUCCAAGGCCAGUGAAAGAACAAAAGAAAUCUCUCCAUCUGUGGCAGAGCAUGCUUCUCAAACCUGCCAGUCAAGAACUUGUAAGCCAAUGGGUUUUGUAGCCCAGAGCUACCGACCUGCAAGUUACAUGACUAAGUGUUGCUUGCUAAAGUCUACAGUGUUUGAAAGUUCCCAAACUCUGGAGUUUGAAUCCAGCCCAUGCUGUUCUCAGGUCCCCGAGUCCAGUUCCUGUAAUUCCUCCAACAAUACUGUCUCUGGGCCACAUCUUGUGGAAUCUUCUAGCACUUAUGAGCCAACAUGCUGUGUGACUGGUGGUUCACAAUUGCCAAGUAAGUGA